GUAUGGCUUGCCGACACGAACCGACUACCGCCUCAUAGUGGAGAACUUGUCGAGUCGAGUGUCGUGGCAGACAACGUAAGAGAGAGAACGCGAGGUCCUAGCUUGAGGCUUGAAGGAGGAGGAGGAUGGACGCGCAGUGUCGUGCUGGCCAGAUCCUAGGACCAUCCUGAGUUGGAACACACGCGAGAAGUGCCAGCUCAAGCCAGCCUUUCCUUACCUGACCACACACAAAAUCAGCUCAUUCGUUGACUGUCUGUCGUCUUCCGUUACGGCCUUGUAGCGAGGCUGGCGUAGCUGCUCUGCGCAUCAUCUGUGUGUGUGUACCGGUAGCUCUAGUGGAGGGGGUGGAGUACCACCUCCCCCCUCUCCCCCACCCCCCUACACCCCACCUCCCUCCACCAGGGUUGAUAACACCUUAGGGCUGGCCCUUUACCGGGGCCGAGUGGUGAGAGAUGUCGGCCUCGUGGUACUGGGUGCGGGCGACCUCGCGCCCUUGAGUAACGCCUCCGCAUUUCCCUUGAAUUACUGACCCCCAAAAACCAGGACAGGUAAAUCAGGGUACUUGACUGGACUGCUGAAUUGGCCUAUUAACGUAUGUAGUAUUCCUAGAGUUGGGAUUAUGACAAUUUCUAUUAAUUGUUGUCAGUCCAGCAUUCAUUUUUAGAGCAACUAUUGUGGCAUAAUUCUUUCAAUAUGUGAAUGCCUUUUUGUUGUUGUUGUGGUGUUCCAUGUGUAUCUUCAUUUCAGGAAUAAAGCGUACUAAAUGCUCACUCCUUAACUAUAUAUAUAUAUAUAUAUAUAUAUAUAUAUAUAUAUUUCCGUAAAGAUAGGACUAAAUGUUUAUGGUGUGAAUCUUGAUACAGAUUUUUAGUGCUCUUAUUCUAGAAAUUCAGAUUAUUCUUCUGUUUUGACCUGAGCUUUUGAGUUCGUAAUUCCUCAAACUGGUUUUUUAUGUUUUUUUAAUUCAAGAAGGUUCUAUUCAUAAUUUUUGUAUAUAGUAUAAAAUUGAGACAUCCUAUGUUGUCAUAGAGUUAAUUUGAUAAGGACUUAUAAGUCAUAAAGUUUCUUGUGGUAUAAUUGUAUUGUUGUGAUGAUUAAUUGUGUGUUAAAUUUACCAUUGGCAGGAUCUGAAAGACUUCAUGCGUCAGGCAGGGGAGGUGACCUACGCCGAUGCCCACAAGCACAGGAGAAAUGAAGGAGUUGUUGAGUUUGCCACUUAUGCUGAUAUGAAGGGUGCCAUCAACAAGCUGGAUGGCAAGGAGCUGCACGGGCGACGUAUUCAUCUGCUCAACGACUCGUCUCGGCGACCUCGCAGAUCGCACUCGAGAUCUUCUUCAAGAUCGAGAUCUAGGUCUCGUUCACGCUCUAGAUCUCGUUCUCGGAGCCGAUCAAGGUCGCGUUCCCAUUCUAGGUCACGAUCCCGAACGCAUUCUCGUUCUCGAUCACGUUCUCGCUCACCGUCUCGGUCACGCAGUCGUUCUCAUUCAAGAGAUCGACGGGCAAGGAAGUCACGCUCCAAGACACACUCCAAAUCUCGGUCACAUUCGCGACUGCGAUCCAAGUCCAAGUCCAGGUCCAAGUCCAGGUCCAAGUCCAGAUCGAAGUCCAGAUCCAAGACCAGGUCCAAGACCAGAUCCAAGUCCAGGUCCAAGUCCAGGUCCAAAUCCAGGUCCAAAUCACAGUCGCGCUCCCAGUCAAAGGAAAAAUCGAAAUCAAGGUCACGUUCGCGGAGUCACGGCAGCAAGUCUCCUCCUCCCGUUAAGGACAAGUCGAGCAGUCGGUCUCGGUCUCGCACCCCAAACGUGAAGGCGGCACAAGACAAUUAGAACGAACAGGAUAAAUGCGAAAGUUUGCUUAACAGGAUGGAAUACCAAGUGAAAUUAGCUUUUCUGUAGUCUCGAAAGUUCUUGUAUUAAAGAUCAUUGUUUAUACAUUUUCUUGGGGCAAUUAAUAACUAGUGUUUUAUUCUUAUUAUUAUUAUGGUUAAAAUAUUUGAUUCUAAACAACAGACCAAACGCAGUAGUUUCUUUAUUUCUACCAGAAUUUGAUGGACGUGUCAUAUUACAUAGUGUGUGUGUGUGUAUGUGUGUGUGUAUAUAUAUAUAUCUAAGAACUCCAAUUGACCCGGCCAGAAUUUGAACCCAUGCCGUCCAGGAACACCCCUAAGCGUAAACAGUAUCGCGACCACUGCACCAGUGGUCGCGAUACUGCUUACACUGUGCAGUGGUCACAGUACCGUGUAUGUUUAUGGGUGAUCGUGGCCGGUAUGGGUUCGAAUCCUGGCUGGGUCAAUUAGAGUUCUUAGUGAUCUAUGACUUGUAUGUUCCUGCAGCUUUCUCUCUCUCUCUCUCUCUCUCACACGCACAUACACAUACACACGUGCACACACACGCACGCAUACACAUACAUGCAUACAUACAUUAAUGACCACAUUGCUGGCAUUGUUGAUCUUAGAGUAUAAUCUUUUCAUGCUUCUAACUAGUGCAGUUUUGUACUCUUGGGAUUAAGAAGAGCAUUCAAGUUAAUGAAGGCAAUGAGUCACAAUAUCGUGGCUGAAGUAUGUUGACCACACCACACACUAGAAGGUGAAGGGGACGACGACGUCUC